ACAGCGAGAAAGCCGUAAUAGCGCGUGCACAUGAUGCGCGCUCUCGACAACCCCAAGUUAUCGCGGUUGCUUAGUUGCGCGGCGUUUAAUAGCUACAAUAGCAGAUCACUUGAAACACAAUAACAAACCAUCGAGUGACACGUGCUUAUUUGAAAAGGCUCUCCGGCUUUUGUCAUGUAUAUUAUGUUGUGAAUAGACCAUCUGGAGUACUAUACCACUGAAGAACCGGCAGUUCAUUUAAUAAGGACUUUAUUUUUCGCACAUAUUAUGGCUCUGGCAGAAAAUUUACGACAGUUUGCGAGACGUCAUGUCGUCAUGGUAACCGUCAGAGGUUAAACAUUACAAUAUAGUGCAGACAGAAGUACGCUGCUUAAAUAAAAGUGUAUAAAGUCAGAAUAUGAGCUGAAAAAGAAAGACAAGAACAGUAUAAUGUGGGAUAUUUCUUGCAAAAGAAAUGGAUAUGGAAUCCAGGAGUGGCCUGAUGGAUGUAAAUAUGAGGGGGAAUUCGUAAAUAACCUGAAACACGGCGAUGGCGUCUUCACCUGGACAAAUGGAGAGUUCUACGAAGGUUCAUUUUUUAAGGAUUAUCGUCACGGCAAAGGCACAUACUCCUGGCCGGAUGGUUCCAAAUACACAGGAAAGUUUUAUCUGAACCGAAAGGAGGGAUACGGAGUGCAAGUUUUCCCAGAUGGAUCGAGCUUUCAGGGUCUAUAUCAUGCAGGUGAACGUUUCGGCCCUGGGGUCAUGACGUACCCUGACGGCCGACAGGAUUUAGGCCUGUGGCACAGAGAAAAGUUACUGCAAAUGUGCAGCACAGUGGAAGAUGGUUUCAGUCUGGAGGAUUUCCCGGAAUACAUGACCAGACGGCUUGAGAAAGACCUGAAACAGCCCCUUUUUCCUGUCGAUGUGGAGGUGAGGGCAGACAGAGGUCAUCGCAUGUCAGAUCUGUGUUUAUUAGAGGACGAGGAGCACUUUAUUCUGCCUCCAGAGAUUGAGAGGUACUCCACAGACUCGGACCAUCUGCCUGUACCGAGGCAUCUGAGAAGAGAGCUGGACCUGCACUUUUUCGGCACUAGUGAGAUCAGCACAGAGUCACUGUCCAUAGCUGUGCCGCUACAGCAGCGCAUGAAUGCACACAUGCAGAGACACAGAUUUGAAGCAGAAACUUUAGACUGGGACGUCGCUGCUGUGCUAAACAUGAACAGGGCUCAGUUUGGACCCAAAGGUCCGCUGGAGCUCAACUCAGCGAGACUGAUCAUGGAAGCUUCUCGUGGUGAAUGCAGGAAUGUUCACCGAAUCCUCAGAGAUGGAGAAGUUCAUCCGGAUGUGAGCGAUGCAAGAGGACAUGCGGCUCUCAUAGCAGCAACGGUUCAAUGUCAUGAUGAUGUCAUCAACAUGCUGUUGGACAAUGGAGCUGAUGUUAAUAAGUUAAAUGGUGAAGGCAUGUCUGCUCUGGCCAUCUGUAUGGUCCUCUACUACCCUCUUCAGACCUUACAUGAGACCCUGGCAGAAAAAAUGCCUCGAAAUAUCAACCAAGAACCAGAGAUCAAGCCUCUGGAAGAUGUUGCUCAUGAAUCUUCUCCAGAUCCAAUGACAGAAACAGCCAGAGAUGAAAGCAAACCAGAGACAUCCGAGAGCAACCAAGCUGACCCACAUCUUGAACCCGAAAACCUUGAGGCGCAAGAAAAAAUCUACAAAAAAGAGACGGUUGUUCAACUGGAGGAGCUCAAGACUUCUGAGGAAACAAAUGAAAAUACAGACCUAAUCCAGGAAACGGUGCUUGAAGCCGAAGAUGAGCAGAACAUCAGGUCUCAAUCUGUUCAAGUGUUGGAUGGAAAUGAAGAGGAAGAUCUGGAGAGGAGUGUCAGGUCAGAUGAUCCGGGUUUCGACUCGGCCUGCUCUAUGUUGAGUUUUCAGAUCGAGGUGACGGAAGAUAUCUUGCAGAAGAGCGCUGAGAUCUUGAGCCUGACGCAAACGCUGAGUCCCACAGACACACAGGAGACUGUCCGCAGAAUCGCUCUGCUCAAGACUGAGCAUCGUAAUCGAUGGGCAACAGUUGAGCUUCUGUUGGAAAGAGGAGCAGAUCCGAACUCCUCUACUGUCCCGGUGCCUGUGAUCUUCCUGGCCAUCAAAGCUGCUCAUGUGAAGAGCGUCCGGCGGCUGCUGGAGUGCGGAGCUCGUACAGACAUUCCUCUGCCUCCAGAGCAGAAGGGUCUGUACCCCCUUCACAUAGCAGCUGGCUUGCUUGAAGCAGAGGGUCCUGAAAUCACCGAGCUCCUCCUGCACGCACUGACAGACCCCGAUCUCAAAGCUCAGGACCAACAUGAGGUGUUCCAGCUUGAUCAGGCUUUUGAGGAUCCUCCUGUCGGUCAGUUCAGUGACGCUCAUAUCCAGUUUUCUCAAGAAGGCGGCAGGACGGCGUUGCACGUGGCCUGUCAGAGAGACUCCGAACAUACUAAUGCUAGAGAUGUGGUGGCGCUGCUUCUGUCUCACUGCGCGAGCCCCAAUGAAGUGUGGAGUGGUCAUUCACCUCUGUCUCUGGCCAUCGCCAGUGGCAACCACCUUGCUGUGGAUGAGCUGUUGUCUGCCGGGGCUGAUGUUAAUCUUCCUUUGACUCGUCAUGUAGGCAGUGCCCUCUGUGCCCUCACCAACAUCAACUAUGACCACGAGCAGCAGCCGCGCAACCAUGUCAAGCUGCUGGAUAAGCUAGUGAAAGCAGGCGCUGACGUUCUCAUGCCUGUGAUGGUUUGCGAUGGCCGCAGGUGUACUAUGGGAACAGUAGUGGAUUAUGCGCACAUCACAUUCCAACAGAACCGGCGAAUGUCCCGCACCCCAUAUCAUGCCCUCAGCAAACACGAAAGGCACGUUUAUAACGCCCGCCGGCAGCUGCUCGGACUCAUGGGAGAUCUGAUGAGACAGGCCUCUAGCAGGAGGCAAGAGGAACAAGGCCAGGAUGAGUUUGGUGUGAGUCCCUCAGAGAGGUCUGUGUACAGUCGAUCAGCAGUGACAUCCAGUCUCCUGAACUCUCCUGAAAACAUCAGUAGGACGUCCUGUAAUAAACAGAGAGCACACAGAAAGUGGAGGUUUUGUGAGGAGUGUGGUCGUUCAGUGGGUGUUCAUCUGACCGCCUGCAGCCGCUGUCAUGAAGUCUAUUACUGCAGCAACACCUGCAGAGGCAGAGCAUGGGAACAGCGCCAUCGAGAGAAGUGUGUGCGGCUGCCAGUGGUCAAUGGAAAAAGCAACAGUGGAAGAAUUGAACCCAACAGACCACAUUCACCGUCGUCACCCAAAGAUGCCAAAGCCAACCCCUUCCACCUCAGCAUCAGCCCAGAAAUACAAGAAUACGACCUCAAUGAAAACUACAGCUUCAUUUAAAGUGCGGUACGACAUUAACAUCAAAACCCACAGCGUCACAUUUACAUCUCAUGAAAAGACAGAGACCGAAAGACGCAUCAAAUGUAUGCAAAACAUCUCGAAAGACACACAACGUCCAUUUCCUUCAAACAACUGUGCAUGUUUAUUACAUAAAACAGAGCAAAUUUACAAAGUCAGACCUCAAAUAAAACGCAAGUGCUGAACUAGAACAAAAUCAAAGGUCUCUCGAAACGCAUUACGCUUGUGUUUGAGCCCUUCUCACUGUCCUCUCGUUGAGUGCUGUCAAGAGUAUACAAUGUGCUUUUUAUUUAUACUGGACAACCGACAGACCCUCCAGGAUUUCGCGAUUUCACGAUCGCCAAAUUUAACCCAAAAUUAAGCAAAGCAAUCAGGACACUGUUCAAAUUCCUGCCACGAAACAGAGCACCGUCUGCAUAGUUUUACGUUCACAGAUAAUAUAGCAUUCACGAAUAGAUUGUGCUCGUCCAGUGUGCAAAGCUUCGAAUUGUCAUUACGCUUCUCAUACGAUGUGUGGUCCACGUCACAUGAUGUUAAUGUAGCGUGAAUUCAAAGCUUGUUUGAAAUAGUCCACAUAAGUAUCAAUCAGUCACACACAAACGAAAAGCACACGCGUGAUUAUUUCCAUCAAUGUGUUUAAAUAGCUUCCUUUCCUUCGGCUUAGUCUCUAUUUCAAAGGUUGCCACAACGGAAUAUUGGUUUCACUUUCAAAUUUGAUACAGCAGGUUUAAGGGGUAAGCUCUAGUUUGCUUUCUUUUUUUCUCAGUGUUUUCUUUAUACAAAUUUUUAUUCUUAAGGUCAAAAUAAUAAUAAAGGAUUAAGAAUGUACA